UCCCAGCAACGAUAAACACUUUGCAGUGUGCUGUCAGGUUUGAAUACAGAGUCCUUUGCGAAUAGGCUGAUAAGAAAAAAGACAAAAUGGCAGGAAGGAGAAAGGCAGAGAUUCAACUGCAGAUGCAGAUAGAGUCACAAGAAGAAUGGGAGGAAUUACUAUCUAAAGAGGGAUUGAAUGUGGUGGAUGUAUAUCAGGAAUGGUGUGGUCCAUGUUCGGGUAUGGUAGCUAAUCUCCGCCGAUUAAAAAAUGAACUUGGAGAUGACCUUUUAAGGUUUGCGACUGCCAAAGCAGACAUGAUUGAUUCAUUAGACAAGUAUAGAGGUCACUGUGAACCUUGUUUCCUGUUUUAUGCUGGAGGAUGCUUAGUAGCAGUGGUAAGGGGAGCUAACUCACCAAAGAUUCUUAGAACUAUUACAGAACAACUUAAGCAGGAACACAAAGUUUUGGAUGGUGGUUCAGAGAGAAAAGAGAUAAAGGAUCCAUUCAUUGCUCAAUUAGAGGCUAAAGAAAAGGAAACUGACAAAGAAGAAGAGGAAGAGGAAGAAGAAAUGAAUCGAUUAAGAUAUAAGGGAGAAAUCAUUAAUUAUGGUGACACUCUAGAACUAUCAGAAGGUGUAAAGGAAGUCACUGUAGCCUUAAUCAAACCAGAUGCUGUCGAAGCCGGAAAGGUUGACCAGAUACUUGAAGAUAUUCAAGCAGCAGGCAUUGAAAUCUUGAAACAUGAGGAGAGAAAGUUAACAGAGGAUGAAGUUAGGCAGUUUUACACUCACUUACAAGACCAGGACUUCUUUGAAGACUUAGUCAAGUUUAUGACAAGUGGUCCCAGUCAUGUGCUUGCCUUGACCAAAGGCAAGACUGGUGAAAAUAUCAUAGAUGAAUUCAGAGACUUGAUUGGACCAACUGAUGUGGAAGAGGCGAAGACACAGAAACCAGAAAGUUUGAGAGCCAAACAUGGACAGCAAACCUUCAUGAAUGCACUCCAUGGAAGUAGCUCAGCAGAAAUGGCUACAAGGGAACUUGCCUUCUUCUUCCCAGAUUUUGUGGUACCACAUGUGGAUGGUAAAGCACCUAAACUCCAGAGAACGCUUGCUUUAGUAAGACCAGAGGCCUUCAGACUACAUAAAGAGGAUAUUAUUGCUAAGAUCCGAGAAUCAGGAUUCAAAGUUGCCAUGCAGAAGGAGAUGCAAUUGACGAAAGAAAUGGCAGAAGAAUUUUACAAAGAACAUGAAGGUCAAGAAUACUUUGACCAACUAGUUACAAAUAUGUCCAGUGGUCCAGUUUUGGCCCUUGGCCUGGCCAGAGACGAUGCUGUUGAGGGAUGGAGGAAUAUGUUAGGUCCAAAGGAAGUUAACAAAGCUAAAGAAGAGGCCCCAGAGAGUUUACGAGCAAAGUUUGCUGUGGAUGAUGCAAUUAAUUCUUUGCACGGCUCAGAUUCAGAAGACACUGCCAAAAAAGAAUUAGAGUUUUUCUUCCCAAUGGAGCAGACGGUUGCUGUUAUCAAACCAGAUGCUGAAGGAACUAAAGACGAGAUUAUAGACAGAAUUCAUGAGGCUGGUUUCAGAAUUGCAGCCAGGAAAGAAACUAAAUUGUCCAAAGAGAUUGCAGAAGAAUUUUAUGCUGAUCAUAAAGAUAAGGAUUAUUAUAAUGAUCUAAUAGAACACAUGACAAGUGGUCCAACAUAUUUGAUGGUGCUGUCUAGAGAAGGUGCAGUUGAUGGUUGGAGGUCUAUGAUUGGACCCACUGAUCCAACACAGGCUAAAGAAGUUUCCCCUGACAGUAUACGAGCUACAUAUGGUGAAAGUAUAUUAAAGAAUGCUGUCCACGGAAGCUCCGAUCCAGAACAUGCAAAGAAAACCAUCAAAACAAUUUUCGGUGAUUUGAAAUUCACUCCAGAUGGUGCAGCGCUAGAAACAAUCGAUGAAGAAGCAGAAAAAGAUGAAGAAGGUUUUGCAGCAGAAGUUCCUACUCCUGGAAAAGCAGAUAAGCCAGUAUCAGAUUCAACGAAGGAUGCAGAGGAAUCAUCACCGGAAGUUAAACAGCAACAGUUAGAUGAACAAAGAGCUAAGGAAGAAGAAACUAGACAAGAAACCCAAAAAGAAGAAACCAAAGAAGAAGAAAAAACAGAUGAGCAGCCUUCUACAGAAGAAAAAACAGAUGAACAGCCUUCUACAGAACAAAAAACAGAUGAACAACCUUCUACAGAACAAAAAACAGAUGAACAACCUUCUACAGAACAAAAAACAGAUGAGCCUUCUACAGAAGAAUCCAAACAAGAACAAUCUAAAGAAGAACAACAAGAAGGUAAACAAAAAGAAAUAUUAUCUGAUUCUGAAAAUCAGAAAGAAAGGGAACAGUCUGCAAAAUCUCAGAAAGCCCAGGAACAGUCUGCCAAAAAUGGAGAGCAGACGGAAAAAUCAAUGACAAAACGUGAGCAGUCUGCAGAGUCUAGUAAAGAGAGGGAAAAGUCCGCAAAAUCUCAAAAAGAACGAGAAAAAUCAGCAAAAUCUCAAAAAGGAGGGGAACAAUCAAAAUCUCUUGAACAAGAGAAAUCUGAUUUAAAUAAACAGAAAGAAACUAAGCAAUCUGGUGAAAUAAUUAAAGAAGAAAAACAAGAGGAAGCUCCAAAGGAAGAAAAAACAGAAGAAGAAACUAAAGCCCCUUCACCAAAGCCAUCUGAAACAGAGGCUAAGCCCUCUGAAAGUGAGGCUCAGCCUCAGUCUGAAACUGAGGCUAAGCCUGAGGAACAGCAGCAAGAAGAAAGUAAAACGGAAGAAAAACCAAGUGAAGAAACAGAACAAAAAACGGAAGAAAGCACUGCACAGGGUGAAGAGAAAAAAGAAGAAACACAGUCAGAGGAAAAAGCACCUGACACACAAACCACUGAGGAAUCAAAAGAAGAGGAGAAAAAGGAAGAAGCAAAGCCUGAAGGUGGAGAUUAAUGGAAACAUCAACAGAUUUUGUUACCCAAGAGAUCUUAACAGGACUGUCUGUGAUAAUAACUGCCUUGUCCCUGUGCCUAUGAUAUAUUAAUGGACUUGAUGGAAAACAUCGAUAGUUUUUGUUGUUGUUUCAAUACAAACUUUGUGAUGGUGUUAUCUACACAGACAUUCCACACGUAUUGGCAUUAAUUGCAAAAUCGUUUGAUGUUUUUGGAUUUGUUAUUUUAAAAUAAUCAUAUUCUUGACUUUUUAACUUAUUAGCAGAUACAAAGUUUAAAUAUUUGAACUGUACUUUCAUUUCUUUGAGUAAAAAUGGUAUAAAUAUUUGGUUUCAUUAUGAAGUACCUACCUGGAUAUUUAAGAUAUAUGACAGACAUGUUUGUUAAAUUCUAAACUAGAUAUGGCACUUUACUGCUCUUUUUUAAGCAACAUAUUGGAAAUUAACUAUAUUAUUUUUAACUUGGUCCAGGAAGCUUGAAAACCAUCUUCUUAAUGGGAAAAGAGGAUUUCCUUUUUCUUUAAUUUUUAGGUACAGAAAACAAUCAUUUUAUUUCUAUAACUUUUGAAAUUAAGAAAAAGCAAGUUGAAACACAAUGGAAUUGAAAUUCAAGUUUCCAAUCAAAUAUUUUGACUAUUUCUCUGAAUAAAAUCCCAAAACAAUAUUUUGAAUAAAAAUUCUGCAGUUUGGCUUUUAAUUUUUUUUAUCUUAUUUCAGCUCAAAUGUGCUUUAAAAACCAAUUUAGUUUGAAAAUGUAUGAGAAUGAUACAUCACCUAUAGUAUGCUGUCAGGAUGUGCUUACCGAUAAUUUAAAAAAUAUUUAUUUCGUUCCUUUCCCAUAUAAUAAAGGUGUUUACUGCUGUUUUAAAACUGUUGGGAAUUACAGAAUUAUUUAUUUUAUUAUUGAAUGUUGAUAUACUUUUGUUGAUUUUAUUAACUUUACAUAUUUAAUUGUGAUAUUUUAUGAGAAAUAAAUGCAUUUUUGGCAACUUUU